AUGUCUCCUAUUUUAUCUCGUAAGCCGACUGUUGUCGGUUCAUCCCCUCGUCGAACACGUCGUAAGAUUUCUAAUCAAAUUUUCUCUCCAAAAUAUGUGUUGCCUGUUCGGAGAAAGUUUGGAACUGCCGAAGGCAGAAAAAUGCGUUGUAAAUCGCCAGUUAAAGAUCAAAAAUCAACCCUAACUGAAGUUAACAGAGUUUGUCCAAAGAACUCUCCUAAGAAGAAGAUUCCUAAAACUCCAAAAAAUCGCGUCGUUCGUGCUCCUCUCAACCCCCAAACGAAAGCCCACACCAAAGGAUUUUCUCAGCAGGAUACUUCUCCUUUUAUGUCCCGAGUUAUAGAUCUUGAGCAGCAACAACAAUCCUGUAACAUUGCUCCACUUUCCUCAUCUUGGGCAGCUGUCAAUUCGUCAGCCGAAAAUUCAUCUGGUGCUGUCAUUCCGUCUGAUGAAGUAAUUCAAGAAUAUGUUGUCACUAAAGACCUUAUUCCAACCUUGGAUAUUGAUAAUCGUAUGGAGGAACUUGGAGUCGAAGGAAAUGUUGAUGCUAUAGAUGAAACACAGCCUGCCAUUAUAGCAUCUGAUGAGUAUGAGGCAGAUCCAAUCGAUAUUUGUGAAUCUGACCCGUUCGCCUUCAUUCGGACGUUACCGCCUGUGUCAGACGACUUUUUUGCCCAUCCCCCAGCCCUUCCUAAGCAAACCCGAUCGUGUCCAGAGCACUGUUUAGUUCUCGAUUUGGAUGAAACUCUGGUUCAUUGCAGUCUGGAGCCCCUGGUUGAUGCGAAAUAUGCUUUUCAAGUUGUAUAUCAGGAUGUUGUUUAUAUGGUAUAUGUUCGUCUAAGACCCCAUCUUCAGGCCUUCCUCGAAAGGGUUUCUCAACUUUAUGAAGUGGUUCUUUUUACUGCAAGUACCAAAGUAUACGCAGAUCAAUUGGUAAAUCUUCUCGACCCCAAAAAGAAGUACAUAAAACACCGCCUUUUCCGGGAGAGUUGUGUUUUUGUUAAUGGAAAUUACGUAAAGGAUCUUCGAGUUCUGGGGAGAGAUCUUACGAAGACUGUGAUCAUUGACAACUCUCCUCAAGCCUUUGGUUAUCAGCUUAGCAACGGAAUUCCAAUCGAAAGUUGGUUCACUGAUCAACAAGACACCGAAUUAAUGAAAUUAAUCCCUUUCCUUGAACGAUUGGCUAAAUUGUCCGAUGUGCGACCGUUUGUGAACCGUCAAUUCCAAUUACAAUCGCGAGUUUUCUCAAAAGAUUUCUCUCAACUCCGAUGUAUUUCCACACCUAAUAACCUCUACCAUUGUGAAGACGAUAUCGACUCCUUGGAAUUCGAUCAGGACCCCAUUGCUGACUUGGAAACAGAGACAUAUCUUGCUGAUGACGACAGUUUGGAAAAGGAAGCCCAGGAGGCGGAAUGUGCGACUUUUGCUUACCGGCUCUCAGUGAAUGACAAUGGCAAGGUGACGCUCACGAUUAAAGAUGAUCUACCGGAAGACAGAAUGGCCUGCCCUUUGGUUCAUUGUCGCAGAAUAUAUACGAAGAAGAGGCAUCCCGUCUCAAUGGUUACUGUUCGCCGUUGA